AUGUCUGCGUCUAGGAAUCCUGAUGCCAUGACAUCCGCGCAGGGUGAAUUUCGAAGCCGAGUACCGCCAGCCGAGCCGUUGACUACUAAAGGCCACGCCCCUGGUGUUAAAACCGGCAAUGACAACAUUCCCGAGUUUCACGCCCAAACCUUUCCCCCAGGAUCUGCACCAUCAGAGUCUACAUACAAUCCGCAGCCGACUGAAGAUGUGUCCAUUGCAGGCCUUGGACACAACGCGAGUAUCCCAGCCGACAAUACGAUGCCAGGAGCAACAUCAGCAGACGUCCAUCAGGGCUAUGGGCACCCAGGACAAGGUAUGACUAGCCAAGAGUUACAUGGCGGCAAGAGGAAAAAGGAGGGCGGCGAGAAACCCUCCGGGUCUACCUUGGAAGAUUCUGUAGGCUCUCGGAAGCUAGACAUCGGCCACGAGAAUCGUGGUAAAGCAUCGACGGAAUACCCUGUUGCAGAGAAUAGGGAGCCGGUAUCGGCAGAAACAGUUGCUAGUGAACGAAAAUAA